UAAAAUGCGUGAAGCUGACUUUCGAAUCGGUGUGUUGUGAUCGUGAGUCAGUCUCAGUCGGUACCGACUCGCAGGCGGCUGCGGACGCCAUGCUGCGCGCCGUGACGGAAGGCUGGAAGCGCUACUGGUGGGGAACAGGGAUUUUGCCAGACCGAACAAAUCGUAUAGAAGACAUUUACUUAAGAUUUUACAACGGGAGUACAGAAGAGGAGUACGUAGACUUUCCCCUGGGCCAAGCUUCUCGACUAUUCGAAAUAAAGGGUUUCGACAAGAACAAUCCCACUGUGCUUUACAUACAUGGAUUCAUCGAAACGGCGCAACAGGAGAGUGUCCAGGUCAUGGUGAGCGCCUACUUGGAAGCGAAGCCCAGCACCAAUGUCGUGCUCCUGGACUGGUCUAAUAUGUCACAUGGCUCGUACUUGGUCAACGCUGCAAGGAACACUAAAAAGGUGGGCGCAGCGGCAGCUGAGCAGAUCCACAAUCUACUAGAAUCGGGACUGCAGCUGGAUAAGCUGCACGUCAUCGGACACUCGCUCGGCAGCCACGUCGCCGGCUACACGGCGAGGGAGCUCAAGAACAAAUAUCAAAAGACUGUCAAAAGAUUAACCGCUCUCGAUCCGGCCUUCCCAGCGUUUUACCCCGACGGCGUGAUGAUGGAGCACGUCAGCGCCAAGGACGCAGAGUUCGUGGACGUGAUCCACACGGACGCCGGCGGCUACGGCGCGCCCGUGCGCACGGGAACCGCGGAUUUCUGGCCCAACGGCGGCAAAAGCAUACAGCCCGGCUGCCCGAGGUUCGCGCCCAUACCGCUCUCUGAUGAUAAUUUAUGCAGUCACUGGAGGUCGUGGCGUUUCUACGCAGAGUCGAUUCGGAACCCCGAGGCAUUCCCAGCAUCCCCUGCAGAGUCUUACCACAAGUUCCGUGACAACCCCACUCCGGAAGAAGGAAUGGUCUACAUGGGCGAAAAUUGUGAUACCAGUGCGCAGGGCUCUUACUACCUGACAACGAAUUCAAAAACUCCAUUCGGAAAAGGCAUGGACGGCAUCCAUUCGAAAAGCAAAAAACAACAAAGAUAGGUCACCUAGUUAGAAGUACCUGAGAAUUUAGAGUAAAUUGAAACGCACAUUAACAGUAUAUUUGGAUAAGUAUUGAUAGAUUUAGGAUUUUCAUUAAAGUAGAUGGUAAGUAUUAGAAGGGUUUUAUAAAAUUGACAAUCAAGAUUAAAAUUUUAACAUAAGGAAAAUGGCAUUUAUUUAUACGUCGAGUCGAGUACGCCGUCGACUGUUAAACAACUCUUGCUAAAGGGUAUGAAUGUCACCGCUUAUAGCAGCAGCAAUUUAUUUGACAAGUUUUGUCUUAAUAAUUAUGUAUGUAAGUAUUGUGUUGAUAAAACGCAGUCUGUUGAGCCCAUAAACAUCAUAACCAUGGAGUUUCCAAACCUAUUACACUAGGUCGUGUCUCGUUUGUCUUAAAAUAGCUAUAAAAUAAAUACCAAUCAUAAAGCAAAUUACGUACAAGAAACCUUGACUUUUAAGAUAAUGUACAGCAUGACAAUGGUUUGCUAGAGUCAAUCGCUGUUUCUACAAUCACUGCGGCCGUGUUAUUGAUGUACAGUAUACAGUCAAUUGAAUAACCUUUGGAAUGAACUUGCUUCACGGUCGUGUAUUGUGCGUAAUUUUCGAUGCAUUCAUUUUUAUUUUUUUGGGUACCUAAGUAAUCAAAUAAAUAU